CGUAUUGCUCUAGUGAUGAUGGUAGAAGAGAGCCAGUACGUUAAUAUACCUUUUUGAGCUCUUCCGCUAACAACCACUGGGGAAACCAGAUGAAUAUAAAUAUUGCUCCAACUAUCCGUUUUCUGCCGUAACUUCAUUCCCCUUGCAUUUUUCUAUUUGAAUCUGAGAAGACUUUCCUUUCCUCUAAUACAGCCCUGUUCAGAGUCAGCCUGAAACUUACAACAAUAUGGUUGCUGCGGAUACCGUUGAGUUCUAUGCGAAGCCGAAUUAUGAGGAACUUAAAAAAACCGCACGUCUCAGUGGACUCGAGCACACAGUUUUAGGGACUAGCUACCGUUCCUGCCGCCUUGGCGACGGGACUAAGCUAUUUGUAUGGAAUCAUACUCAGCCCUCUACGGACGCCGAAUGGGUUAAGGAUCAGCCUGAUAUCCCAGCGUCCGGUCCGAUGCAGUGCUAUCAAGUCCUUAAAGGCGACACAUCUGUCGCUCGCGUUAAGUUUGAGGAUGACACAGGGGGAAAUCCAGGAGACUUUACCCUUAUCUUAAAACUCGCCAAUAUUGGCGAUGUUAACAUUCCUUCCAAGGAUGGUAAAUAUGCGCCUGCCGGUGUUGUGCCUCGCGAUGAUUCACUCGUGACGACCGCUGUUUAUGUCCGGAAACGCAGCGGUGAAUAUCCUGUUACUGGAUCUCUGUAUUUCCAAUGGAAUAAGUCUACGCAGAGAGUCGAAAUUCUUGAGAAGGACAACUGGCCCAAGGACAAGCUCAAACAUCAAGCUGAUAGUGCGAAUAAUUUUACUAUUACUUUGAUUUCGACUUAA